AUGCAUCAUUCAUAUCUAUCUAUCUAUCAUCUAUCUAUCUAUCUAUCUAUCCAUCUAUCUAUCUAUCUAUUGAACCCAUUCCUUAUGUAUGUAUGUAUGCAUGCAUGCAUGUGUCUAUCUAUCUAUCUAUCUAUCCAUCAUCCAUCUAUCUAUCUAUCUAUCUAUGAAUUAUCUAUAUUAUUGUAUCAUAUGUAUCCAUCCAUCCAUCUAUCCAUUCAUCUAUCUAUCUAUCUAUAUCUAUCUAUUGUCCACUCAUUGAUGUCAUCAUUCUAUCUAUGUAUGUCAUCUAUGCAUGAACCCAUACCUUAUGUAUGUAUGUAUUCAUUCAUGUAUCUAUCUAUCUAUCUAUCUAUCUAUCAUUAUCUAUCUAUCUAUCUAUCUAUUGAACUCCAUUCCUUAUGUAUGUAUGUAUGCAUGCAUGCAUGUAUCUAUUCAUCUAUCAUAUCUAUCUAUCUAUUCAUCUAUCUAUCUAUCUAUCUCUAUCUAUUGAACCCAUUGUUUAUGUAUAUGUAUGCAUGCAUGCAUGUGUAUCCAUCCAUCUAUCUAUCCAUCUAUCCAUUCAUUCAUCUAUCUAUCUAUCUAUCUAUCAUCCCCAUUCCAUUCAUUCAUUAUCUAUCUAUCUAUGAUCUAUCUAUCCAUCCAUCCAUCCAUCCAUCCAUCCAUUGA